GUUUGCACACGGAACCAGACCUUCGUUCGUUGCUGGGGACCCCGGACGAGAGCUCUGAGAUUGGUCGUAGGGGACAGGAUCGGGAUCGCCAAGUUGCAGUGACGGCAGACGUGGCAUCGAAAGUGGUUGACGGCAACGGAAAUGUCGGCCGGUCCACGUCAUCCUCUCUACCGCAAGCUGUUUGUAGGGAGGAGAAUGAAAUGGACAGGGCAUUUUCGUUGCCGCCAACCAAUUUCUGUGGAGGUACUGUCGUGCAGCACAACGAGGGAAAGGAGGAAGAGGAGGAGCAGGAGGAGCAGGGGGAGGAGGAGGAGGAGGAGGAGGAGGAGAAGGAGGAAGAGGAGGAGGAGGAGCUGGAUUGGUGCGCAGAGCCUCGGCUGGGAGUGGACGUCCGGACUUGUAGCCGGGCUUCUCAUGGUUGCCGACGAUUGGGUCAGUCAUGGCCAAAGCUAUUGUUUGUGCAUUUGGAAGGUGAUGAGGAUCUUUUUAGAGAGAGGAUGGAGAGAAGGUAUGCCCAAGGGGAACAUUACAUGCCGCCAUCGCUUUUGAAAUCGCAGCUGGUAACACUGGACAUCAAAUCCCAUGGGAAAUGCAUCGGCCUCCGAGGUCAUGCUGCUGAUCUUCCUGUUGGUCGUCUAAGACGUCCUUCUCCUGCUGCUGCCCCUUCUCGUCCGCAGAAGUGGCAUGGCCAUCGUCGUACUCGUUGUUGUGGUCACAGUGACAUUGGGACGGAGAGCCAGGGUAAGGAAAUGGAAGAGAAGCAGGAAGAGGAGGAAGAAGAAGAGGGAAAAGAGAAGGAAGAGGAGGAAGGAGAGGAGGGAGAAGAGGUAGAAGAAGAGGUAGAAGAAGAGGAGGAAUGUGACAUAAUUGGCAUUGAUGCCAGAAUGGCGCCUUUGCAGAUUGUUGACAGUGUGCUGCAAUAUUGGCUCACGGCGUUGACUAACGAUCAAGGAGCGGUGCGACAAGAUGAAAAUGCUGCCCAGUCAUGGAGUGCCAGAUUGAGGCAGCCCCCACCGCUGCCCCGAACAGAGAAGGCGACAUCAAUACUGACGACACAGCAACAGUGCCCGACUCUCAUGUCUGCAUUAACGGCGGGGCAGGAAGAGCCCGUGGGAGCCUUUGCGCUAACGCAGAUCCGCCCGCUCAAGAGCCAUUUCAUACAGCGCCUGCAUGUCCCACCGCAGGUGCGGUAUCAGGAAGGUGGGCGACCCCCUCCCAUAGUGCAACUGCAGGCCGGGCGACAGCCUCAGCAGGAGAUGGCUGUGACUCCUGGUCAGGGCGGGCCUCAGCAGGAGAUGGCUGUGGCUCAUGGGCAGGGCGGGCCUCAGCCGCAGGCAGAAGACCGGCCACCACCCCUCCCACUGGUUACUAAAGAGUUGCUCAUAGUUGGGGACAAUCGGAAUGGUCCCUCCACGACGACUAUACCCUAUGAGCAAACACAGCUCUCCCCCGUCUCAGGAACAACACAGUUGCACCACGUCACCUCCUUGAAAAUAAGGGAUCAUGCAGAUAAGGGAAGAGGAGAGAAAAAAACACAGGAAGGCAGCUCCAGUACACAACUGGGAGCGGGACAACCGAUUUACGCCAGUCCUCCGCAAUCCCGUGUUCAGGUGCACAACGAAAAUGGGGAACACCAACCCCCACAGGAGCCGUUGCAAAGCUCACUAAUUGUGGGCCUGCCAGCAUGGGAGCAGGUAUUACCAGUGGACAUCCAAAACAACAAGGACAGACCAGAUUCCCAGGUACAGCAGCACCUCCAGUUAGUUGCCUCAUCACAGUCGGGGUCCGGAUUCCAUCCACAGAUGAGCCCGCAAGACGGCCAUAUAUGGCUGCAACGGGACGGGGGGGACCAAGUCACCCAACAGCAGCAAGUGGGGCUGCAACAGGACGGGGGGGAGCAGGUCACCCAACAGCAGCAAAUGGGCUCGCUGCUCAUCUCUGACCAUGUCACCCGCACUGUGAAAACAGUGAUGGAUCAAAUGAAGGAUCACAUGCAGGACUAUAUCAGAAAAGGUGGCUGGGUCGAUCGCAUUGUAGCUCUAACGGGAGCUCUGCCACAAGAGGGCGCACAGGCAGCCGGAAUAGUCUCAGAAUUGUGCCCUGUACCUGAGCAAGAAACAAGGCCGUCAGAAUAUCUGCCCUUGACGCCUAUGGACAACAGAUCAACAGGGAGUGUGUGGACACAGAUGGUGAUACAGGGUGUCCCACCAGUACGAACACAGCCACAAGUGACUACUCCAACUAAGGGAAAACAAACAACUUUAAAGGGAAGCCCGAACCACCGGCAUACAGACUAUCACAGGUCCACACAAAACACAACGGAACAGCGAUGUGGGGAGUCUGCCCUGCGGAUUCUUCCCAGCGACUUUAAACGGGACAUGGAGGUGGACCCGGGACCGAAGGAGGACCUCAACAGAGACUUCCAGAUGGGGAUUUUAAAUGACCAAGGGGCGACACAGGGCCGCCUGGUGGAGGGGUCCCUGAGGAUCGAUCAGGGUCUGGAAGAUCACCCGUCACCCCCGGCUGCGGUACAGUAUCCGCCACAAGGAAUGCCGUCUCAAACCUCCCAUCACAUCACCACCGCAAAUGACGACAAUCUACCCACAUUAAGUCAGAUGCAGAAGCGUGUCACAACAAACAAGCUGGUGCGCCAGAGGCUCAAAAUCCUCACCGACGAGGUGCUGAUGAGAAUGCUGUUCCAAAACUACUCUCCCGGCCAACUAAAUAUCUCUCCUCUUCAUUGGGAGAGGAUAAGGAGAGCACUAAUGUUCAGCCCUCGGGUGCUGACAGUGCUAGAAAGAUACAUGAUCCCGGAGGCAGUUGAUUGGGUGAUAGUGGGCAGGGAACUUAUCUAUACAAUUAGUGCCUUCAGAAAUGAAGUCUACAAUUACAAGGUACACACUCAGCACACASAAAGGUCUGAGRCCUYACAAGAUCACAAUGAGCCACAAGGGAUGAACCAAGACUUCUGUUUUGAAGGAGUGGCAUGGCCGGCGGUACUCAUCCACGAAAUUCAUCAGUUACCGUUGUUCACAGACUCUGGCAACGGCGAGCGAAAGGGUACAUCUCAGCCAACUGCCCAGUCUAUUACAUCAUACGAAAGUAACCACGAAUUGGUGCUGCCAAUGGAAGUCAACCUGGGGGAGCUCAUUGCUGGCCUCCCUGAGAUAACAAACGAUUCCGACUCUGAGUCGGAGGCCGAAGCAGAACAGGGAUGACCUUUCGAUCACUUGCCAGAUCCACUCAACCUCCCACAACAGGUGCCCCGACUGGAAUGUGGCACAGCAAAUGAAAACCAGCAAAAUCA